AUGUCGAAUAACGAUCAGUCCGUUCGGAGGCUGUUACCGCAGAGCUCUAAUUCAUCUUUGAACUCGUUUUCCUUUGCGCCGCCGACUUAUCAGCCGCCUAGAGAGACUCAAAAAAAUUAUGUAUUUGUGGACGAACAUAACCGCCAUAAGCGGUUGAAGGUGAUGAGAGCGUGUGAGGGUUGUAGAAGGAGAAAAAUCAAAUGUGAUGCUGCGACGACAAAUACAUGGCCUUGUUCUGCUUGUAUCCGGUUGAAGCUCCACUGUGUAAGACCCAAUGGGCAGUAUGAAGGCUCGCCGACGGAAGGUCAGUCCUAUGAAGCCGGACGAUCGGAAUACGAUGUCGCGUCAGGGCAGGAUAGCUUCAGAGCUAUGUCCAUGCCUCAGUCUUCUACACAGCCUAUGAUGGCUGGUCAGCCGAAGGCUACCAUGUAUCCAACGCCCGGUCCUUAUCCCGAACAUCAAGGUGUAUACCCCCCGAUGCCGUAUGGAGACCCGCCUCCACCGCCGCACCAGCUCCAGUAUGCUACUAUGCCUUCCCAAGUAGGCGUGAUGGACCAGUCGUAUGCCUCCACUAGCGUGUUUUCAACUCCGCCGAUGCAUCAGCAUUCUGUGCACUCCGAGCCGUCUCCCGGGUCUUACCAAGACCAUUACGGGCAGCAGGAUCUCGCGGAUAUUUUAGGAGCCCUCAAAGUUGACGAAGCAGGCACAGCUCCGUACCUAAAUAAAAAGAUGGCAUUUGCGGGAGAGGAAGAGGAACCCGCCAUUGAGGACGACGACGAUUUCAAGAACGUACUGCCACCUAUGCCAUCUGGGCCUGGUCUUAAGAUACGCAUACCUCCGGAACUAAUGCCAGACGAUGCAACUAUCAUGCAUUAUUUUGAACUUUAUUUCACUAAUGUACACCCUUACGUUCCGGUUUUGAAUAAGACUCAACUCUAUCAUCAGUGGCACACAAACCGGGAAUCGAUAUCCCCUUUACUGUUGGAGGCGAUUUUUGCGGUUGCCGGUCGUCUCGCCGAUGAGCCGGCACAAGGACAACAAUGGAUCGCUCUCGCUUCGAAACAUGCCGAUGCUUUUAUGGAUAUACCACGUCUAAGUACUCUUCAAGCUCUCUUAAUUAUUUUGAAAGCGAGGGAGGCUUCGCCAAAACGUGGCUACUACUAUCGGUCUUGGAUGUCUAUUGUGCAUUGCGUCGCUAUGGCUAAAGAUCUCGGACUCGACGAGCAUAUGGAUACUCACAGAGCUGGUAAAUCAUGCGGCUCUUCUCACGGAGAGUGUUUCACGAAGAGCCGUAUAUGGCAGACUAUAUUCGUAUGCGAAACUAUGAUAGCCGCACCACAAGGGCGACAAGAUCUCUCUGUAGACGCCGAUUCUGUUGAUUUUAGCAUUCCGAGGCUUCUACCCGGUUGCGAGGAAUCGGAAUAUAAUGCGAGUCGAAAUUUUGCGUACCUGGCUCGCGUUGCCCGAAACCUGAAUCGGGUGAACGCUGUCUACGCCAAGAUCAAGAGGAAGAAGGAUUGGGGCAUCGACCCCGAACUGGUUCAGCUUAACCCGUCCAUAACGGGAUGGCUUAGCGAUCUACCGCCUGAUUUACGCCUCACAUUUCCCUCGGAUGGAUCGCCUCCGUGGCUUCCUUCGCAUUUUAUUGGAAAUAUGCAUUCUUAUUAUUACUUAAGCGUCAUUAUACUUCACCGGCCGCAGUUAUCCUUCUUAGAACCAAUGGGCGCCGACGGGCAGUGGAAAUCACAUAUGUUUCUUUGCUACUCGUCGGCCAAGGCUCUUUGCCGUCUCCAGGAAUCGAUGUUACAAUCUUUCGGCCUGAGCGGGCUUCAAUGCAUGCAACGAGGCAUCAGUUUUACUAUAUACGCUAUCCUUUCUUGCAUUGUCCUCCAUCUUGUUGCGUUGACUUCCCCUGAUCCGGAGCUCAACGGCGAUGCGCGAGAUUACUUCACCCGGCACAUGAGGGUUUUGGAGAGGACGAUGCAUUCUUGGCCGCUGCCAGAAAUGUUGAAGCAAAUUGAUGCCGUGCGGGAGGCCUUCUCGGCAGACGUCAGGAAACCGUUCAUCUUAAAGCCGAGUUUUCCUUAUGGGAGCCCGCAUCCUAGUAGUCACUCAAGCCCGCCUACUGCUAACACGUUCAAGCCUCCUAUGCUGCAGACGAGCUCGUUGGACCAUGGUAUGGACCCACAGACCGGUCAGCACUCGCAAGUUAGUUAUGCCAACCAUCCUAUCACACCUAUCUCCGUUGGUUCCGCGGACAACAAGAGUGACUCUCCUUCUGCACAGUCGCUCUCUAUAAUGAAUCCCGGCCAGAGUGCACACGCCUCGACACUGUCGAGCGCGAUAUCGCUAGGGGAUCAUCCCACGUGGAAUCCCUCGCGUCUAUUCGAGCAAUGGAACUCGACAUUCGGUACGCAGCAAAUCCAAUCUCAGCCAACUUCAGUGGCUCCACAGUCCAGUUCUCUAAGUGUUCCCUCAUCUUCAGGUGCCCCCGAAGUCCCGACGUCACAGGACAUGCAGCUUGCAGGCGCAUCUCUACCAGCCGUGACGCAGCCCUUAUCGCAUCAACAGUAUUCGGCUCCGCCCGUACAAACCUUUGUUACUCCAGCCAUGUGGCAGCAGUCUGUGGCUAGCGUCUACGAGGGUGGUCUCAAGCGACAUUGGGAUUACGACAACGGCACUUCGCUCGUCGAGUCGGUCAAGCGCCGUUGA